AUGAUUUCGAACCCCUCCGAGCUCGCCAAUCGUGUCUGCAUGUGCGGCUGCGGCGGCCCCAAGAAGUGCGCCUGCGGCGAGGGCUGCGGCUGCGGAAGCUGCCUGCCUUGCGGCGACAAGGGCGACAAGGGUGACAUGGGCGAGACGAAGUAG